AAAUGUUAUAAAUAGAUACUCAAGAGUUUAUAGUCUUAUUCACUCAUUCAUUGUUGGGUGCUCUGACUGGUUGUUGCAAUUAGGGAAUUAUUUCACAUACUGCAAUAAUUAAGAGUUAAGACAAUGAGCUAUAACAGAUCAAACAUAGGUUCUGGUAGUAGGAAUGUCGGAAGGAACACAUUUGAGUUUGGAAGGACUUAUGUGGUCAGGCCCAAAGGAACCCACCAAGCAACUAUCGUUUGGUUACAUGGCAUUGGUGAAAUGGGAUCAAGUUGGUCCCAGUUCUUGGAAUCUUUGCCUCUUCCAAAUAUCAAAUGGAUCUGCCCAACUGCCCCAAGUCGUCCGAUAACUUUAUUUGGUGGAGCACAGUCUACUGCAUGGUUUAAUGUUGAAGACAUGUCAGAGAAUGCUACUGAUGAUGUGGAGGGAUUAGAUGCUUCAGCAACACAUAUUGCAAAUAUGUUGACCAACGAGCGUGAUGAUAUUAAACUAGGUGUUGCUGGCUUUAGUAUGGGAGCUGCUAUGGCUCUCUACUCUGCUACAUGCCGUGUUCUUGGCCAAUAUGGUAAUGGAAACCGAUACCCAAUCAACCUCAGUGUGGCAGUGGCUCUCAGUGGCUGGCUGCCAUGUUCCAGGAUCGUAAGGAGCAGAGUUCAUGCAUCACAAGAGGCUGCAAGGCGUGCAUCAUUACUACCUAUUUUGCUCUGCCAUGGACAAGUUGAUGAUAUGGUUGAUUACAAACAUGGGGAGAAAUCUGCACAAACUUUACGAUCGACUGGAUUUCAAAACAUGACAUUUCGUACAUACAAUGGGCUUGGUCACUAUACGACACCAGAAGAAGUGAAUGAUGUUUGUUAUUGGCUCGUUGCAAGGAUGGGGCUCAGUGGAUAUGGGGUGUGAAUAAAAAUAUUUCUUUCUACUUAAGAGAAAAAGAAAAAAUAUUUAACUAUCUAUAUAACCAAAAGCAUAAUAAAAUAUUAGAAUAUGUGUGGACAUGGGGUAAUAACUUAUAUUACUCCCAUUUCUAUAAAAUGAUUUUUAAAUAAGAAAGAUGAGAGAACAAAUUUUUUUUGUGGGUGAGAUUUUCCAUUAUUUUUGUUUUUAUGACAAAGAUUUAAAGGACUAAUGCAAGUAAGAGAGCGACCAUAUGCACCAAGACUCCUCAGCUCUAUAAAAGUUUCAGAGAACUUGUAUGUUCUUUUACAAAAAGAGACAUUACAUUAUACAAACAUGGGGCUUGUAUGUUCUUUUACAAAAAAAGACAUUACAUUACAGAAACUUGGGGGCUUGAGGUUGAAAAGGAUUAAAGAUGAUCUUGGAGGAAAUAUCAUUCAUAUAAUUUGUUCUUCUCUUAGUUUCUCUUUGUAGCUAUGUACUAAAUGGAAUAAACGUAUGUUUUGUUUAAUAA